CCAAACAUAUCUUAAGGCUGGGAGGACUCCCGCAGGACCAGCGUCAGACUCCAAUCAUCUUCGCUUUCUUCGAGCCCUAAACUGAACCCUACACUCCUUUCCUUUUAAGCCGCGUAAGCACUUCAGAGAACUCAGACGUGAUUGUUCAACUGAGGGGUUGUAAGUUGGGGCUCGUUGAAUGUAGUAACUGCCCAAUUGCACCGACUUUGAUCAUAAGAAUGUAUCUAUCUUCAUCUUUGUAGUGUUACUGUGUAAGAAGCAGUCGAAGUGACACCUUAGGCAUAUCUUCUUCUGGUGGGAUUGCUGAAUGUUUUCCAUAUUGUUGUGGGAAUUGGAGUUCAUUAGUGUGAGGAUUGUAUGUUGGAGAAGAUGAGCAGGAUUAAUCGGCACAAAGAAAAAUAUGGCACUGGCAAUGGGCUUUCCAUGGAUAAGUCUGAGGAAGGGACUGCCGCUCGGACAAGACCAUUCAGCUUCGAAGAAAUAAUGCUAGGAAGGAAAAAGAAGAAGCUGGUUGCAGAUGCUGAAGAUAGAGCUGGAGAACCGGGGAAGUUAUCAGGGAAAAACAAUGUUAAAAGCGUUGCUGACUAUUCCGAAUCUGAUGGAGGUUACAAGCAAACCCUCAAUGUCAAGAAGCAUGUUUCGGAGGAUAAGAAAACCUCCAAAAAGAAAGACGAAGAUGCAUCCAGGAAGGAGGACAAUCUACUUAAAAUUAAAGGUAAAGAGAUCCAUAAUAUAGACGCCAACUUGAAGGUGAAAUCAAACAAAGAUUCGACCAGUAGAACUAAAUCAGACAACAGUGAGAAACGGAGUCGUCACAUAAGCAGAAAUGAUGACCGAUCAAGGGGUGAUUUUGAAAAUGAAUCUGAGAAGAUGCAUCUCAAAGAGACAAUGGGGAAGGACAAAUAUGUAGACAGAGAUAGGGGGAAAUCUGAAAGAGAAGCCAAAAGAAAGCACCAAAAUGGGGAAGACGAGGAAAGUAGGUUAGAAAUAACAGGAAAUGACGGAAAGAAACGUGAUUCAGGAAAAUGGCAUGAUUCAGAAUAUUCGGAGAAACGGGCCAGGAAGGAGUCAUCCCAAUCCCAUUAUGAGGAAAUGAGGCUGAAAAGGAGAAGUGCAAGAACUCGGGAACAUGAUAGGGACAAAGACAGGAGAUCACACUCGGUCUCCCCAAGAGCACACAGACAUACGUCUUAUCAUGCUCAGGAUUUUGGAGAGACAUCAUUUCGUUCCUUCAGAGAUAGGUCAGCAAGGCAGCAUUCUGAUGUUGACAGGUAUAGAAUAUCUAGCAAUGGAGAACAUUCAAGUAGUCAUUAUCGACGGCAUGGUGGGAAUUCAAGUGGGCUUGGUGGUUAUUCACCUCGUAAGAGAAGAACUGAGGCUGCUGUUAAGACUCCUUCCCCAACCCCUCGUUCUCCAGAUAGGAAAAAUCUUGGGUGGGAUCAUCGGCCUGCUGGAAUGGACAACAUUUCUUCUACUUCAGUGUUGACUAAUUUCCAACCACCAGACCAGACUACCUCGUCAAAUUCACAAGACUUGCCUAGUGCUUCUCUAGUUAUAUCAAAUGUGACCAAAUUGUUGUCUGGGGCUUCCCAAAAUGCCAUAUCAAUAAUAAAGAAUGUCCCCCUUGACUCGGUUCAACUUACACAGGCAACUCGGCCUUUGAGAAGGCUUUAUUUAGAAAAUGUAGCAGCUUCAGCUUCUGAGAAAGACUUAAUGGAGUGUCUUAAUGAUUUCUUGUUGUCAAUGGGUAUUAAUCAUCUCCAAGUAACGAAGCCAUGCAUCAGUUGUAUUAUAAACAAGGAGAAGGGGCAAGCUGUUGUGGAAUUUCUUACGCCAGAGGAUGCUACAUCAGCUCUUUCUUUUGAUGGCAGAUCCUUUUUCGGUUCAAUUCUUAAAAUCAGGCGCCCCAAAGACUUUGUUGAACCAGCAACUGGUGCCCCAGAGAAACCAGUGGCCUCAGCUGAUGCAAUGCCUAUCACUGAUGCAAUACCCGACAUUAUUAAUGAUUCACCUCAUAAGAUAUUUGUUGGUGGGAUUCCAAGGGCUCUUUCAGCUAAUAUGUUCAUGGAGAUUGCAAGUUCCUUCGGACAUUUGAAGGCGUACCGCUUUCAGGUUGACGAGGAUCUGAAUGAACCAGUCUCUUUUUUGGAGUAUGUUGACCAGUCAGUCACCCUUAAGGCAUGUGCUGGAAUUAGUGGGAUGAUGUUGGGAGGACAAGUCCUAACUGCUGUUCAAGCUUUUCCUUGUGCUUCCAGAGAGGAAAAUGGUGACCAUACCAAGAGGCCACAAUUUUAUGGGAUUCCUGAGCACGCUAAACCACUUCUUGAGAUGCCCACAAAAGUGCUGAAGCUUAAAAAUGUGUUCAAGCCAGAGGACCUCUCUUCUCUAUCUGGACUGGAGCUGGAAGAGACUUUGGAAGAUAUACGGUUAGAGUGUGCCAGGUUUGGCACUGUCAAGUCUGUUAACAUUGUCAGGAACAACAGCGCAUCAGAAAAGGCUGCGGUCACUGUUGAAGUUGAUACAAAGGGGACGUGUCAAUACCCAGAGGCUGAUGAUGGCACCAAUAAAAAGGAAAUGAUAGAGGGAGACAUUGACCUCAACUCUGGAGUUAAUAUUUCGGUGGAGCCUCCAGUUAAUGACAAAGAACUCCAAGAAGGUGGAAAUGCUGGAAAUAACUGCACUAGUGAAGACAAACCCGCCGCAUCUGAUUCUGUAGAGAGCACAUCAAGUGAACCAGUUCAACUUGAUGGUAACAACAAGGCUUUUGUUGAAACACCCUGUCAGAUGGAUACUGAUGGGACUUCCCAAGAAGCUCCCAACCAGUUGGAUAUGGUAAAACAUCAAUCACAGUAUAAUGACAAGAGCGCUGAUGUUAAGGCCAUGGAAUCUGGCCCAGGAAAUGAUUUGGUGGUUGAAGAAGAAUUGGGACCAGAUGAAGCCACCAGUGACAAAUUCCAAGAAUUAUCUAUUGGAUUGAAUGAUGAUGUUGCUAUGGAGACAGGUAAUCUGGAAGAAGGUGAUAAACAGAAGGCUAGUGAUCUUGAUGAUGUCUUUGAACAUGGAUCUAUUUUCGUUGAGUAUCUAAGAGCAGAAGCUUCCUGCAUGGCAGCACAUUGUCUACGUGGGCGACUCUAUGGGGACCAGGUUGUGGAAGUGGGUUACAUUUCUCAUGAUCUCUAUCUGGCGAGGUUCACGAAGUGAGUCUGAAAUCAGUUCCAGCUUGGUAAGAUCCACUGCGGGCUUGCAUGAUGUCUGGUGGGUUCACUCCAUUUACUAUGCAGAAAAUUGUGUUUCAUUUUUGGGGUAAUGAUGCUUGUUGGUUGUUGGAAGAAUGGAUCUUUGGGUUGAAAGAUGCCAACGGGAUAGUAAAAUGAGAUUUUAGAGUUGGUUCUAUGGAGGAAAUGGUUGGGGGCUCGAGGCCUUUCAUUGUGUUGUGAGAAUUGAGAUAAAGGUCAGGCGUGUUCGAUUAUCUUUCAUAUUCCCAGAUUACCAUUUUAGCAUCUCUCAUUUAUCUAUACCAAAGAACUCCGGUUACAGGCAUUAUGUCAAUUCUGCUGUUUAUAUUGAUUAGUGACCCACUUGGACUUCCUUGCUUGUGAAUGCAUCCUGAUCACCCUUGUGGUCUGUGAUUGGAAUAACUGAGGAUCAUGGAUAAAUAAUCUGAAACAACGCUGUGAAAUUA